AUGGAAAAAAAAGAAAGCGAGACAAUGAAUCAGAAAACACAGGCUUGGGUCGUCCAGCACACCGAUUUCGACGGCAACCGCCCGCUUCCCUUGCCUCGACACCCUGCAGAACUCAACGACUUGUCGUUUCGCCCCCGAUGUCUGCCUCGAAAACGGAGACACCUGCAGCCCCCAUAUCUUACUAUUCAACCACACCAACCACCAUCCCCUUUGACGCCCAGCGUGUACACAUCUGCUCAGGAUUCUUGUUCGCCGCCCGUCUCCCCGAAGACCCUCGUGCCACUUUCAUACCCUCCAACGUCUGCUUCCGCUCUGCGGCCAUGUCACAUCUGCCAUCGACGGCCCACGACCCGACAAGUGCUAGAUGCAUACGCCGAUUGUGACAUGUGUCAACAACGGGCCUGCUUUAUCUGUCUGCGCCAGUGCGAUGCCACUGAUUGCGUGGGCUCCGCAUACGGAAGCAUCCCCAACGAGCACGAGCUAGACCGUUACUUCUCCGAUGGCGAAAAUGGCGAGGAAGGUUUGACCCGCAAACGAAAAGUUUGCUCUCGCUGUGCAGUCGAAGGGCUUACCGAGACCGGGUCGGAAAUCGUCCGUUGUUUGGACUGCGUACAGGGUCAUGCCCAGUUCCCUUGGUCUGUGGAUCAUCGGAAUCAAGACAUGAUGCACGGGUAA